ACUUUUCCAUCUUGUAGCAUAUUAUGAGAAAAAGUUUAAUACUUAAUCUAUACAGUACAAUUUUUAUACGGACGUUCAUAACUACGACAGCGCAAAGAAUGAGAGCUGUACAAUUAAAAGCUUUUGGUGGCCCUGAACAGUUGUAUGUAGAUAGCAACGUUCCAGUGCCAGAACUCUCCUCCGCCGAUCAUGUACUAAUACGCGUCGUUGCCACGGCACUGAAUCGUGCAGAUACUUUGCAAAGGAAAGGCAGCUACGCAGCACCGAAAGGAGAGUCCGAUAUUCUUGGUUUGGAAGCAAGUGGAAUAAUAGAUACCGUGGGCUCGAAUGUGAAAGAUUUUCGUGUUGGUGAUAAAGUCAUGGCUUUAUUGGGAGGGGGAGGGAACGCUGAAUACGUUUCUGUUCAUAAAUAUCAGCUAAUGCGAGUACCUGAAGGCAUGGAUUUGGUCACAGCUGCUGGUAUACCAGAAGCAUGGUUGACGAGUUAUCAACUUUUGCAUUUCGUUGGAAAGAUAAAGCCUGGUGAAACUGUCCUUAUCCAUGCAGCGGGCAGUGGAGUAGGAACAGCUGCUAUCCAGUUGGCGAAAGGUGUUGAAAAUACAACCGUCAUAGCCACUGCUGGAACUGCAGAGAAGUUAGCCCGUGCUAAAGAGCUUGGAGCGGAUGUGCUGGUGAAUUAUAAAGAAGCAGACUUUUCUGAAGUUGUUCAGAAAGAAACUAACGGGCGAGGUGUUGAUGUCAUAUUGGAUCCUGUCGGUGCAAGCAAUUGGGAAAAGAAUGCAAAUAGUUUGGCUUUGGAUUCUCGGUGGGUGUUGUAUGGUCUGCUAGGUGGGGCUCGUAUAGAUGGAAGCUUACUGGGAAGACUUCUGGGAAAGCGAGCGCAGUUGGUGGGAACGACAUUGAGAACACGAUCGUUGGAGUAUAAAAAAGAAUUGGUUCACGCAUUCCAGUCAUCUUCUUUACAUAAAUUUACAUCCAAACAAUAUCAUCCUAUUAUUGAUUCAGUGACAACACUGGAGAAAGUUGCUGAGGCUCAUCAACGAAUGGAGUCCAACGUGAGCUCUGGUAAGAUUAUCAUGAAAGUAUCAGAGGAAGCAGAACAGAAGAAAUCGGAAUUGUAGCUGUUCUUCGUGUGAUAAUCUAUAAGAAGUACUGAGACCAUAAUA